AUCGCGUCCCCGCUCCUCUGCCGCCGCCGCCGCCGUGUCCGCCCCGUCGCGCCCCGCCAUGGCCGCCCGUUACCUUCGCGCUGCUCCGGUGCUGAGCCGCUUGGUCCGCUGCCCCCUCCCCGCCGCUUCCGUGGGGCAGCGCCGGCACUAUGCCGACAAGCGGAUCAAGGUGGCCAACCCGGUGGUGGAGAUGGACGGGGAUGAGAUGACGCGGAUCAUCUGGGCCUUCAUCAAGGACAAGCUCAUCCUGCCCAACGUGGACGUCCAGCUGAAGUAUUUUGACCUGGGGCUGCCGCACCGGGACAAGACGGAUGAUCAGGUCACCAUCGACUCGGCGCUGGCCACUAAGAAGUACAGCGUGGCCGUCAAGUGUGCCACCAUCACGCCGGAUGAGGCCAGGGUGGAAGAGUUCAAGCUGAAGAAGAUGUGGAAGAGCCCCAACGGCACCAUCCGGAACAUCCUGGGAGGGACAGUGUUCCGGGAGCCCAUCGUCUGCAAGAACAUCCCGCGCCUGGUGCCCGGCUGGACCAAGCCCAUCACCAUUGGCCGGCAUGCCCAUGGCGACCAGUACAAAGCCACCGACUUCCUGGUGGACAAGCCCGGGACGUUCAAGAUCAUCUUCACGCCGAAAGACGGCAGCGGGGCGAAGGAGUGGGAGGUGUUCAACUUCCCCACCGGCGGCGUGGGCAUGGGCAUGUACAACACGGACGAGUCCAUCUCGGGCUUCGCUCACAGCUGCUUCCAGUACGCCAUCCAGAAGAAGUGGCCUCUCUACCUGAGCACCAAGAACACCAUCCUCAAGGCCUACGACGGGCGCUUCAAAGACAUCUUCCAGGAGAUCUUCGAUAAGCACUACAAGACUGAGUUUGACAAGCUGAAGAUCUGGUAUGAGCACCGGCUCAUCGAUGACAUGGUGGCCCAGGUUCUCAAGUCCUCCGGCGGCUUUGUCUGGGCAUGCAAGAACUAUGAUGGGGACGUCCAGUCAGACAUCCUGGCCCAAGGCUUUGGCUCCCUGGGGCUGAUGACCUCAGUGCUGGUGUGUCCGGACGGGAAGACCAUCGAGGCCGAGGCGGCCCACGGCACCGUCACCCGCCACUACCGGGAGCACCAGAAGGGACGACCCACCAGCACGAACCCCAUUGCCAGCAUCUUUGCCUGGACGCGUGGCCUGGAGCACCGGGGCAAGCUGGACAGUAACCCUGAGCUGAUCAAGUUCGCCCAGACGCUGGAGAGGGUCUGUGUGGAGACAGUGGAGAGCGGGACAAUGACGAAGGACCUCGCCGGCUGCAUCCACGGCCUGGCCAAUGUGAAGCUGAACGAGCACUUUGUGAACACCACCGACUUCCUGGACACCAUCAAGAACAACCUGGACAGGGCCCUGGGCAAGAAGUAGGGGACAGGGGCACCCAGCUCGGACGGAGCCGGUGCCUCCAGCCCAGCCCCGCGGCUCAGGGACAGUUCAACCGUUUUUAUAAGCAGUUUUCUUACGCAUGUUUAUAAAGCUUUUCUAGCAGGGACGUGUAGGACCAGGGGGGCCCGCACUGACUCAUGUACCCCCCCCAGUGCCAGCAGCCAUUAAACAUCUCACCCCAUGGCGUGGUGGUGGCUGCUGCAACAUGGGGGGGCUGAACGUGGAGGGGGACAUGCAGCCACCAGUGCCAGCUCUGCCAUCACCAAGAGACCCCCCAGCCUGGUGCUGUGGUGCUGCAGUCACCCAGCACUCCCUUGCAGGGGUACACACAUGGCAGUGUUUUCGUGAUGGGGUUGAGGCAGUGUUGGGGGUGGCACAGCCACACUGUGCGAGCGGGUCCAAGCUGGUCACUGCUGCGGCCACCUCCAUCCUUCCCAAGGUGAUGGCAAGGCUGGGGGCCCCGUGCCCUGCCGGGAGCACUGGGGCUGGGUGGUGGCACCCCCUAGAGCCAGGCUGGGGUGUUUGGGGUCGGGUGGAGGCUGCUCUGUAUGGGGAGUGGUGGGACCUGGACCUGCACGGCUGCUGGCAGCGUGUGCAGGGGAUCAGCUUGGGCGUUCCAGACCCUUCCCCGGCUGGACCCAGGUCCUGGGCCCACUGCAUCCCACCAGGACGCCGUGGCAGGAUGGUGCUCCCAGCCCCAGCUCCUCCUUCCCCCCACAACACCCAGGGCAGAGGAUGCAUCCCCAUCCCAAGGGCUCCCCAAGCACUGCCAUUCCCUAGCCACGGCACAGGGCGCUCGGAGCGGGCACUGAGAGUGGCUGCGGCUCAUCAGCAGGGCCCUGGCGCUGCUCGGCUGCCCCAUGGGCAGUGGGCCCUGGCUCUGGUCCCCGGCCCUCGCCCCCCCCCCCCGCACAGACCACACACGGUACACGGGUUUACAAAGCACAUUGGUUGAAGGAAACUGAACUUGGUGAAAAGAUAAAUCCAACCACGCGGCACGUCUGAAAAAAAUAAAUUACUUUCAAAAUA